GGCGGAGCCGGGGGCGACGGCGGCGCGAACGCGUGGUGGUUCCGCGACGAGGCGAUGGCGCGCCGGCUCGCGGCGUACCUGCGGCCCGAGCCGAACCUCGAGCGGAAGCGUGUGCAGGCGGCCGUGGUGGAGAAGAAGGCGGCCGAGAAGGAGAAGUCGGGGUGGGGACGCUGGGGGCUGGGAGGCGGGAGGAAGAAGAGCGUCGGGGAGACGUCGCCAGUGGCGCCGUCGCCUGUGUCGCCGACGCUCCCCAGUCCGGGACCGGCGGGCGAGGAUGGCUCGGUCAAGAUGACCGUGCGGGCGGAUGAGGUUACGUUUCGGAGGGAAAACGAGUUUGGGAUAUGGGAAAGCAAGACGGGAUGGGGAAUCGUGGUCACUGUGACAGUGAGGCGGUGAGGUCUUGUUGUCCUCUGGGUAGGCCGUCCAGGGUCAUCACGGGUGAUGUAUAUCUUGAGCGUUUCGGAAACGGCAUACGGGGUUGCAGGUCAGAAACGGUAACAAAUGGCUGCACUGUAAAAUGUG